AUGAUUGGUAGGUUUAUUAAAGUGAAAAGAGCAGUCUUAAAAGCACUCAUUGAUGUAAAAUGUGAUAUCCAGAUUAAUGAAGUGGAGUGGUCUAUUCUCGAAGACAUUUAUGAGAAUCUCGAUGUAAUGAAAGUUACUGUUGAAGCUGUUUGUCGCGAAGAUGCUACUCUGCUUAGUGCUGAUGCUGCCAUGAUUUUUGCACUUAAAAAACUUGAAACUCGUAACACGUUGCUUAGUAAGGAGCUUCAUGCAAGUCUGAGCAAAAGGAUCAAACAAAGGCGGCUACCAGUUGCAAGUCUAAUGCAAUACGUUCACAACCCAGCAACAUAUUUUGAAGAAAAUGAAUAUGACGCAGAUGUUUAUCCGCGCUUGCCUAACGAUUGUCUGCAAGAGAUGGUAUUGGGGCUUCUAAAAUACGAUUCGGCCGCACAAUCUUUUACUUGCAACGAUGUCAAUGACUUACCUACUGAUGAUUCGCAGAAUGAAGUCGGCAGCAAUUCCUCAUUAUCAAAUAAAGAAUUAAUUAACCAACAAAUCAGCAAAAUUAUCUUUGAUGACACGAGAAGAGUUGGAAUUGGAAAUCUUUCAACGUCUAAAGAAGACUUAUUGACACUACUGAAGGUUGAAAUGCUGUUAUUUGAAAAUGGAGGUGAUCGAGGCCAAUUGCUGUCAAAAGCUUAUCGAUGGAUUCGUUCAAUUAAGCCAACAAGUGUAGAGAGUGAACGCGCUUUUUCUGCGGCUGGAAUAUUAUGUAAUAAACUGCGCACAAGCCUUAGCGACAAAACUAUAAAUUGCUUGUCGUUUCUUCGCACUUAUUUCCAACAACAAAAAAAUUGUAAAUAG